UUUUUCAAAUCUGUUUUCAGUUUUUGGACUUUUUCUCUAAUCGUUGGUUUUUGAUGCAUUUAGUGGAUAUUUAAAAAAAUAUUGAAAUGAAACCAUGUGAGAAGUUUAGAGGGUCUUCUACAGAACAAAAGACACCAUCAAUAUUUUAGGAGGACUAUUCACCACCUGGAGCACCUGCUGUGCUCGUUGACAGCUCCUGCACAUGCGCAGUGCUGUUGCUACUCCUGCACAGUUUAAAGAAGAAAAAACUAUCUCAGGCGAGGCGUCUUCAAAGUCAAAAACAAAGGAGUAAAGAAGAAAAAGAUGAAAAUUACCAUCGCUUUCAUGUCCACUAAAUGCCUACAUGCUGUUCGACCUCUCCCAACAGACAAGGCGUCUGAGUAACACAAUUGUUUUAACUUCUACAUCAAGCGAACAUGUUGUAGGUCUCCUGCACAGAAUUAUUCGAAGUUUUGUCUGGAUUUAAAUAGAUUGCUCCAUUAUUUAUACUUUGUGAAGGAUAUUCAUGGCUCAAGGCAGUUACAUCUUGAGAAAUGUGUCAGGUCAAAGUUCUGAAGAGUGUGUUCCUAACUACCUGCAGACUGAAUGCAGUUAUCCGCUGGAUGUGGACUACUUUAAGUGUGUGGACAGCUUUCAAAACGGCACCACCAUUAAGCGGCUAAGCCUUAAGAGGAGGCCCAGAGUGGCCGUAAAUAAUGUGGAAAAAACACAGUCUGGCAUUUCAUCCAGCCAGUGGCAUUCUGCAGAAUCCCUAUCAUCAUUUAGCAGUGAUGAUACAAGACUACUGGGCAUGUCUUCUGCAACCAGAGGUCGACCUCCUCUUCCUCCACCCCAUGGCUCCUCCUUGGAUAACAAACCCUCCAGGAAUGAAGGACCAGCAGCCUCUCAGAUACUUACUGAGUCAAAGCCUCAGCCUGCUGCAAGAUCUUUUGUUUCACAGAGACAUAGCCCAGUGUUGGAAAUGACCAAUGUGGAGACCCACAAACACUUGGAGCAGGAGGUGACCAGCCAACUUCCACCUCAGCCCCAUCCCCGUCGAAGACUGGCUAGCUUUGGAGGGGUAAGCUCUCCUGGGUCGCUCUCCCCUUUCACUGGAUUGGGUGCAUAUAAUCAGAACAACAAUGGGAACAAGCCUACUGACACAGGGGGUGAUAUGUAUGUCAACCUUAGCUCGUCCCUGGGCCCUAGAGGAGGCAGCACAGGCUGCCUUAGGCUGAGCCCACAGAGCUCUGGGAGAACCACCCCAGUUACAAGUCUGGGCUCCAUGCACCUGCAGCAUGUCCGUGAUCAGAUGGUGGUAGCCCUGCAGAAGCUGAAGGAGCUGGAGGAGCAGGUGAAAAUUAUCCCCAUCCUCCAGGUAAAAAUCUCUGUCCUUCAAGAGGAAAAGAGGCAGCUGGUGUCUCAGCUCAAAACCCAGAGUGACAAUAAGGACAUUAAUGAUGUGAUUUUGAAGAAAGCAUCUAGCAUGGAAAGGGGUAACAUUGCAAGCAAGGUGAAUACUGAGGAAGGACUUGAGGGCACAGUGCAGAGUGACUGCACUGACUUCAAGGAGUUUAGGCAACUGACUGAGGAGAUGCAGGCAUUGGAAAGAACCAUCACAGGUGGACAUUUGCAAGCAUGGCAUGGAAAAAGCCAUGGCCCUCUGCAAGAUAUGGAAAGCACAAAAAAAAGAAGCAGAAAAGAAAACAAGUAUGUAUACACUGAUCAGAUAGAGACACGGUCAGUUGCAACAGAAGUGUCUGAAUUCAAUCUUGGAAUUUACACAGAACGGGAAGCAGAGCUUGAUGCCCAACAACUACUUAUUAGUGCCUUGAAGGAGAGAAUUAGUCACUUAGAAGCAGAGUUGAAAGAAUCAGCUCUUCAGACAGAGAUGACCCGUCUUAAACUGGAGCUCCAAACUGCUGGAGCUAGGAACCGGGCGGAUAAAGCCUGCUUUGCAAGGCCAUCCACUGCAAGCACAGGCAUCAAUGUGAGACCUCACAUCACAAGCCAGGGGGUGGGUAAUCACAAAGAGCUCAAAGAUGCCAGCACAGGUGAUGUAACAGAGGUAAAGACUGUGGGAGUAUCUUGUUGUACGCUUGAGCUAAAGAAUAUUAGCACAGGUCCAGAUGUACCCAUGAGCCACUGGGAGGUCAGGGAGAGAGUGGAGACCAAAGAAAAGGGUGUGGGGAUCCAAGCUUUUACAAACUCACAAGGAGUUGGGACAGAGGUUAAAGUAUGUGAUGCAGAAAGCAACACAGAGGUACCUGUAGAGAAUCUGGGUUCUAAGAAAGAAAAGAUGAAGUAUCGUUCAGUUGCAUGUGGAGAUUGCUCUGUUGAUGUGAUCAUCUAUGAGGCAAAGGAAGUGGUUUCUCAAGGUAUGGCCACAGAUCCAGUCAGAGUGGUUGAUCUGGGGAUCAUGGCAUCACCCCAGACAGCUUCUCAGCGUACCAACACUGUAUCCAGUUCAGUGUCUCGUUUUACAAACACCAGUAAUGCCUUCAACACCAAUUCCAGCACUAAUACUGUUCUCAAUACCCAGGACAAGCACACUAACACCACUCAAGCUGUUAUGAGAAACGCGUCAGUAGGCAACAGGGUCAUAGACAUCAAAUCUACCCCAGAGACCCGCACAAUUGGUGUAGGAACUGAAAAUAUAGCAGGAAGUGCCUUAAAACAAACGCCAGGAACUGCCACUAACAUGACCCGAGACACUGGUGUUGGAUUCACAAACAUUAAUGACAAUUUCCUGGUUGGACUGAAAACUAAAAAUAUGGCCUCCGGUCCAUCACAUCUACCUGACCCCAUCAAGACCAGGAGUAUCGGUGUAGGAGAGGGAAGGAUAAGGGAUUUGUCUGUUUCAUCCAGUACACCUGGCCAGAGUUUCCAGCAAACUACACAAUCCCAGUGGGACCCUGAGCUGAACCAUUACAUAGAGAAGAUGCAAAGACUCCUUGGGGAGCAUGGGGACCUGCUCACAGAGGACUACACUGAGCAGAGGGAAGGGUUUGUCUAUCAGCCCAGCAGCCGAGAAAAUGCCAGCCCUACGCUAUCAUGCAAUAGGAAAGCUGCAGCACGAGGAACAGAAGUCCAUCAUUUAGAUUCUCAGACACCAGGCAACAGAGAUUUUCACUCCCCAUCUCAACUUUCUUCUCAGUGUGACAAAGCAAACCCAGGAAUAUGCCAAAAAGGUAGUAAUGAUUCAGAGGUGAAGAGAAUGAUACAAAUGUUAGAACAACAGACAUCUUCUGCUCUGCAAGACAGGUCAACUAAUGUCGGUGUGCUGCGCAGUGUAAUGAAGAAACAGAAUGGUGACCAAGGCUGUAGCAGCAACAGGAAAAGCAUGAAGUUCAUGAAGGUGACCACAGGAUUGGACCCAAUGUCAUCUUACGAGCUCUCUGCCAGUGAGAAUGUUAACUCUGAGGAGGUGGAACGGAGAGGAAACAGAAAAUUAAAGGAAGCUUCUCCAGAUGUAAUACAAACAAAAAAUGGCAGAGGUGGCUCAAACAAGGGAUCAAAAGGGUCUUCAAAAUCACAUACACAGCACAGGAGCAAGCUAAGUGAAACGAUGUUUUCUGCUUGUCAAGCCUUAAAGAUGCACCUGAGUGAUGACACCACUUUAUCCAGCAGGGAAUUGCUUGACUGCCUUCAAGCACUCCAGCAAGAGUGGUUCUCUGUGUCCAGCCAAAAGUCAGCUGCUCCUGACAUUGUAGAAGACUACUUGUCGACAUUUCGGGUCAUUUCACCCUCAGUAUUGCAACACAUCGCUAAUAUGACUGAUGGCAAUGGAAACACAGCUCUGCACUACAGUGUGUCUCACUCCAACUUUGCCAUUGUCAAGAAACUGCUUCAUGCAGAAGUGUGUAACGUGGAUCAGCAGAACAAAGCUGGUUAUACACCCAUCAUGCUGGCCGCACUCGCCGCUGUGGAAACUCCCGAGGACAUGAGAGUUGUGGAGCAGCUUUUCACAAAAGGAGACGUCAAUGCCAAGGCCAGCCAGGCCGGUCAGACAGCUCUGAUGCUGGCUGUGAGCCACGGCAGGAUGGACAUGGUGCAGGCACUCCUGGCACAGGGGGCGGAGGUCAAUCUCCAGGAUGAUGAGGGCUCCACGGCGCUGAUGUGUGCAAGCGAGCAUGGCCAUGCUGACAUUGUGAAACUACUGCUGGCACAGCCAGACUGUAAUGCCACCCUCACUGACAGUGAUGAAAGCACAGCCCUGUCCAUUGCAUUGGAGGCAGGACAUAAUGACAUUGCAGUCCUUCUUUAUGCACACGCCAACUUCUCCAAAGGACAACCAGGGACAGCGGCUCGUCAAUGUGGCAAGUCUCUCUCUUCCUCUGGUGGUAGAAAUGUCUUUGAAUGAGGUGAUGCUCCAAAACCUGAAUCAGUGCUUCAUGAAUCUUAUUUAUGAGGUGAUAAAGCUCAUACAACGAAGAAGAAUUUUAAUUAGAUACAUUCUAGUUUGAUAUUUGCAUAAGAUGGCAUAGUGUCUUUCAUAUUGUAACUCAGCAGGUAAUAUAUGCAUGACAGAACACUCUAUAUUCAUUAUGGAGAAUUGUUAAUAUUGUAUCAUGGCAUCAUCUAUUAUAUA